AUGAACACUGACACGGCAGAGGGAAAGGUCGCUUUCAAUUUGGUAGCGGGAAGCAGAGAUAAAGUCAACUACCCAAAAGGAAACGCGAAAGAAGCAUGGGACAAGUUGAAGGAUGGGUAUGAGCCAAAGACGAUCACCUUGUACAUCAAGAUGAAGAGCAAGCUAAACAAGUGUCACCUUGAGAAGUUUGCUAAUCCAGCUUCAUGGAUCACCGAAAUCAGCAAGAUCUGUGUUUGUUUGGAAGAGAUGAAGCACCCAGUAAGUGAAGAGGACCAAUUCAUUCACAUCAUUGGAAGUUUGCCUUUGAAGUACAGACAAGAGCAAAAGGACUUUGAGAAAAUGAUGAAAGCGAACACACUCACCAUUAAGUACAUCAAGGAAGAACUGAAUUCUGCACAUGAGGACUUCGCCAACGCAACAGAAGGAGACGACAACGACGAAGACAAUGAAGACAAAGAUGUCGCUUUGGUUACUGGUCAAUUCAAAGGCACUUGCAACAACUGUGGAAAGUAUGGACACAAGAAGCUAAAUUGCCCUGAACUAACACCAGCAACUCGACAAGGAGGCGACAGGAACCCGAACAACAGUGGCCAAAACAACACAAUGGGGGUGGACAAGGACCUUUCCUUGGAACCUGUUUCCAUUGUGGUAUCAGAGGCCAUAAUAAUAAUAACUGAGACAUUAAUCAUUAAUAUGCUACUCUAUGGGCAUCCGAUUGCCGGUGAAAUAUUUGGCUGUAAAGGUCAAGUACUGUGA